AUGAAGAGCGAUGGGAAGGUGCAGAGCCAGGAUGGCCAGGAGGAGGAAGGACAGGCAGAGAGUGUGUCAGUCAGGAGAAGCUUGUCAAACGAAUUGAGGCAGGCAGCUGCUACCCCAGAGAGAGGGCAGAAGAGACAGUCCUCAAGUCCAGGUAGCUCAGUCACCAAGUUCUAUCGUUUGGAUUACAUGUUUGGUUCUUCUAGUGAGAAGAUAGCCAGGCAAGAAGUGCAGCCUCUCAGUCCAGCACAGCAGCAAGCUCUAGUCAGUUUAGAGUCAGCUGAGGACAGUGCAGCAGUAAUUCUGCCACCAUCGAAGAGGAAGGGAGGCAGGCCCAAAGGUUCAGGGAGGAAGCAUGGAAAGCCAGCAGUUGGAGUCAGAAAGCAUCGAGCUGAGCCAACAGCACAAACCAAGUUGCAGCUCCACGCAGAACUAGUGGAGCUUUGCCAGCAGCCAGGCUUGAGCAAGACCAAAGCCAGACAGAUCAUAGGAUCGAAAUACGGCUUGAGCACGACAGCAGUCAGAAACUUGGAGAAGACAGACACAAUGGCUCAGAUGACAGAGUUUGUCAGCCAGAGACAGCUAGGCAAGCAAGGUUUGAGAAGAAGAGGCAGCCACUUAAGCAUGGAAAAGCGGACCAGCAAGGCCCAAGGCAGUCGAGUGGCUGGAGCAGGCAAGCAGCUAGGUCGCCCAGACAGAUGCAGAGUGAUUUGGAUGGCCACAGCCUUGUGGGCUCAGUAUGAAGAGAGCCAGCAACAUCUGCUGAGUCUCACAGACCUAGUCAGGGACUAUGAGUACAGGCUGCAGCAGUCCAUACAGCACAGAGAGGGAGAGGAGCAGUUGUCAGCAGAGAAGCUCCAGGAGCUCCAGGCAUGGAGACAGAAGCUGAAGACACUGCAGACCAAGAAGAAGCAGCGGGAUAAAGAGGCCACGAAGCUAGCAGCCAGAGCAGGCCUGCGAGAGAGAAGCUGCCAGCAGACUCAAAACAUCAGCAAGGAGGAGUUGAGAAAGAGAAUGGAGGCAGCUUGGAGGCACUACGACAGUCAGCUUUACAAGGCAGCUCAGCCAGUUGUGCAGGAAGACCUUCCAGUGAGAGACAGAGAGGCUUGGUUUGUCAACAGGAAGCAAACAGUGCUGACUUUCAGUGACCAGAUUCCUGUCUGGCUGAAGCCUCCUCCAGGCAAGAUGCUGGUCAGCACAGUGAGACAGGAGCGGGCCCUGCAGCAGAGGGUCAGAAAGCGAGCCAGGAAGAAGCAGGCAGAGCAGUUGAAGGAGGAAGCAGCUGGAGAAGCAGCAGAGCAACAGAUGGUUGCAGCAGAAGAGGAGCUUGGAGAGCCAGAGCAGCCUGUUGAGACAGCAGCCAGAAGUCCAGGGCAGGCGCCUAGAUGGCGAGUUUCUUUUGUCGCCAGGCAGGCGGUAGAAGAAUACUUUCAGCCAGACAAGAAGCCAGUGGGUCGAGUGAUGCCUUCCAUUUUGCUGGUCUAUGGCAGCCACUGCAGAUUGGAAAACAUCAGCGAGUCAGGGCACUGGCUGGAGACAGAGCAAUAUGAAUACCAGGGUCAAACAGUGCGCAGAGAGGCAGGACAGAAGGUUUCAGGUGUGCUCAUGCGUCAGUGGAGACAGCUGAGACAGGAAAGGCCAGAGCUUUUCCAAGGAGACGAAGUGUUGGUCUGGAGUCAGCCCAGUGCAGUUGUUGACUCAGUCAUAUACGCUUUCCAGCAGGCACUGGAAGCCAAGGAGCACAGACAGGCUGUAGACCUCAUAGAUGCCUUUGUAGGAGGAUGGACUGAGGCAGGCAGCGAGGCAGCCUUCAUAACACAGAGACUCAGAUGCUGUGUGGGGGCAGGCACAACAGGCCUCACACAGCUCACAGACAUAGCGCUUGCUCAGCCAGCCAAAGCAGCCCUUAGCAGAUACCACAAUGACCUGAGGGACAUGCUCAGAGAGAAAGCCAGACAGGAAGGUGUUACACCAACCUACAAGACAGGUCUUGCAGAGAUCCUCGAGGCAGCCAGAGUGAUGCACCAGAGGAUGCAGCAGCUCAAUGAAACCAGCGAGACAGUCUUAAGGGGAGCGAGAAGUGGAGGCUGGCUCCACUACAGGCCAGACGAGGCAGGCGACCUGCAGCCAGUCAGUGCACAGCCAUGGGCAAAGGACUUUCCAGAAGGCAACAGCAAGAUGGCUCCACACAUGCUCUCAGACAGAGCAAAGUAUGUGAAGUCAGGCAAGCCAGUGCCUUUCACAGAGGAAGAGAAGGGCCAGCAGCCACAGCCAGAGUAUGAAGGCUCUUACCUGUUCUCCAGCCAGCAUGGAGUGCAGACAGGCUUUUUCGUUGACAUGCCAGCGGAUUUUGCGAUGAGCCAGGCAGAACAGCUGGCAGUGGAAGAGUUGCUGCAGCAUCCAACAGUGAGGCAGAAAGCGGGCUCCAAAGCACAGAGGCAGGCAUUGGAGCAAGUCAGACCAGUCAGCAGCAAGACAGCAGGCAAAAAGUUGAAGCCCAGUGCCAAGCUCAAGUACAGUCACUUGCAGAAAAGGGAGAAAAAGCAGAGCAAGAAGACAGCAGCAAUCAAGACAGCAGAGAAAGCAGAGGAAGAGGAGUCAGAGUGGAAUGGUGCCAUAGGCAGAGUUGUUGGAGAGACAGCAAAGGCAGCCUGGCAAGGCUUGGUCGUGACAGUGGAGAAAGCAAAGGGCAGCCAGCUCCUCUGCCAGAUACCGAGCAAGGGCAGCCAGUGGAUUUGCAAGGCAGAUCUAGAAUGCCCUUUGCUGCCAAAGACAGCCAGGCAGACAAUGGCUCCACAGCAGCUCAAGGAUGCAGCCAGGCAGUCUUUGCAGGCAGAUUGGAUGCAGCAAGUGGAUCUCUACCAGUUCGGCCAGCUGGUGACAGAUGAUCAGCUCUUGGCAGGCUGGAGAGAGAUUAGCAGCAGACUGAAGCCAGGCAGUGCAGUGCGAUGGGUAACCCCAGCUCAAAGCAAGCUAGCAGCAGAGACAGGUGCAGUUUGCAAAGCCAUGGAAGACUUCCUGGCAGACAGCAAGACUUUGCUGCUGGUACCAAUCCACAGCUCAGCUCCACAGCACUGGACACUGCUUUCUUUGAGCAAGGCAGGCAGCAGCAAAGAAGAACAACCAGAGGUCCAGUACUUCGACACACUCAAGAUGCAGCCAGAAACAGCCAAAGCAGCAGCUAGCACAGUGCUGCAAGUCUGUUUGCAGACAGAGACAGAGCUGCCAGUGCCAUGCAACCGUUUCCACCAGUCAGACGGUUUCAGUUGUGGCCUCUGGUGCCUUCAGUACAUGGAAAGACAAGCCAGAGAGUUCCUAGGAUGUAGUCAGUCCACAUGGCAGACAGUUGGGGAGCUGAGCCAGAAGCUUCAGUCCUGGCAAGAAGCAGUGCUGAAGCAGAAGUCUUUAGACAAGGCAGCAAAGGCUUUGGAGGCCAAGAAAGCAGCAGAGAAGCAGCCAGAAGCUGAGCUGCCUCCUUUGCCUCCUCCAGAGCAGCCUCCUCCAGACAGCAGCAAGGCAGAAGAAGCAGGGAAGACGAAAAAAAAGGGCAAGGUGGCACAGACCAAGCUGCAGCUAGGCUGGGACGAGCAGUUUGGUUGCAGCAAGUGCAAGUAUAGCAAGACAGGCUGUUUGGCUUGCAACCCAGCCAAGAUGCUGCGCUGGGCAGAGAAGCAGGCAGGCAAAGGAACAAAAGAGGCAGAGAAGAAAAGUAAGUGA